AUGAGUGCCCAAAGGAGAGGUGGCAAGGGGCAGUCGGCCAAGGUGCCCGGCAAGAAGAAGGAGACUGGGCCUCUGAGCAAGUUUGGCAGCUUCUUCAAGUUCUUGUACCGCAUAGAAACAGAUCCCAGCGUGCUCUUUGCCAAGAAGCGGCCCCCGCCGUGUCCACGAUCUGUUUACUUCAACGAACCGCUGCCUUCGGAGGCCUUCGACAAGAAGAACAAGCCACUCAAGGGCAAGAAUGGCCAGCAUAACUGGACCUACUCCACCAAUCAGGUCAUUACUGCCAAGUACAAUGUUUUCAACUUCGUGAGUGGUGCCUCAGCAGUGUUGUGCCGAGGCCUCAAAGUCCUGCAGCAUCAUGCUCACGGUGUCGACCCUGUAUGCGCACCUUAGAUCUUCAAAAACUUGUUUGAGCAGGUGAACAGCGACGGUGAAUCUGCGCGAUGAGUAUGAUGCUGACUUUUUCCUCUUCGCCAUCCAGUUCCGUCGAAUUGCCAAUCUCUUCUUCCUGCUGGUCGUCAUUUUGCAAUUCUUUCCCAAAUUUGCAACAAUCAGUCCGGGUGUCGCCAUGCUUCCCUUGCUAGCUGUACUUGCAUUCACGGCGCUGAAGGAUGGAUACGAAGACAUCAAGCGUCACCAAUCAGAUCGCAGUAUCAACCGAGCCCGCGUGAGAGUACUCAAAGGUGGAGGAUGGACCAACCCGAACGUGAUGGAAGCCAAAGAGAAGAGCGUCUCGUCCGCAUGGAAGGUCUUCUAUGAUGGGUGGCUAGGUGGCAAAGCUCGACAAAGUAAGAAGCUGGCUGAACAAGAAGCCGCGCGAUCAGCGCAACCAGCUGCGAACGGUGUCGAGCCUUCCGCACCUCCAGCCGACGCUCCUGGUGGCGGUGCCGCCCCGGAGCCACUGUCGACGACUGGAGCGGGUGCUGGUCGCAACGAGUCAUCGCUUGACCUUCCUGCUCAACGACCUUUGCACCAAAGAGCGAUGACGUCUGCCAGCUCACUGGGCCUUCAAGGUGGCUCGCAUGUUCGAAGACAGACGUCUGUCGGAGUCAGCGCCUUCGACAGUCAGUACGAAACGGGAUCUGACGGCAGGGUCAGGUACCAAGGCAGGGUGCUGACGGAGAAAGAAGAGGCCGAGUUCUACGCGAAGAAGGCUCCGCGCUGGAAGAAGCAGAUGUGGGAGGACCUGGCCGUUGGUGACUUUGUCCUGCUGAAGAACAACGAGGCCAUUCCAGCAGACAUUGUGAUUUGCUCGACCAGCGAAGAGGAGGAUGCGUGCUUUGUUGAGACGAAAAACCUGGAUGGCGAGACCAACCUCAAGUCGCGCCAUGCUGUUCCGGAGCUUGCUCAGACCCUGCGCACCGCACAAGACUGUGCUCGCGCGCUUAUGCGCGUCGAUGGCGAGCCUCUGGACACGAACAUGUACCGGCUUAAUGGCUCAGUGGUGCUUGGCGACCGUUUCGAUCGCGAUGGACAACCUUUGCGCUGCCCAGUCACGCUCAACCAGUGCCUGCUCCGCGGUACAGUUUUGAGAAACACUUCUUGGGUCAUCGGUGUCGUCCUCAUGACCGGCUUCGACACCAAGAUCAUCGCGAACUCGGGCAACACACCAAGCAAGCGUGGCAAAGUUGAGAGGCAAAUGGAGCCGAUGGUAUUCGCAAAUUUGGGUCUGCUGGCUGUCAUUGCCAUUGCCUGCGCGAUCGCAGACGCUCGUAUCGAGAAUUACUUCUUCGAUCGCGCAGCUUAUUGGGAAUACCUUGCCAUCUUUAGCGACGACAAUCCUAACCUCAAUGGUCUCGCUACAUUUGGUAACGCCCUCAUCACAUUCCAGAACAUUGUGCCGAUCUCGCUCUACAUCUCCAUCGAGGUUGUGCGCACGUUGCAAGCGUACUUCAUCUACGACGAUGCGGAUAUCUACUACGAGCCGACUCUUCGCCGUACGACUGCGAAGUCUUGGAACUUGUCGGACGAUCUUGGCCAGAUCCAAUAUGUCUUUUCAGACAAGACCGGCACGCUCACUCAAAAUUUGAUGAUCUUCCGAGGCUUCGCUGUCGGUGGCAUCACUUAUCACGGCGAUGCGCCCGGCGCUGCUGAAACAGAUCGGUCGGAUAGCGUCGCCGAGAAGGAGAAGGAACUCAAAGCAAGUGAUUCAAGUGCCUCUUCGACUUCUCAGCACGAUCCCAAACGCAAGCGCGUCAAGCCACGGAAUGAGGGUGUCCCGCCAUUCCGUGACAGCAAGUUGAAGGAGGUUUUGCAGGACGAACACAGCGAGCAAGCGCAGCUUCAAGGUCUAUUCUGGCGUUGCUUGGCUCUUUGCCACACUGUCCUCACGUCAGAAGACCCCGAGACCGGCGUGCUUGAGUACAAGGCACAAAGCCCGGACGAGCAAGCUUUGGUCCAAGCAGCUGCCGAGGUUGGCUUCGUCUUCGUAGGCAAGGAUCGCAACACGCUUACCAUCCAGACGCCUUGGUCCCUCGACCUGGAGCAUUUCGAGCUGCUGACUGUGCUAGAAUUCUCAUCGGCAAGGAAGAGAAUGAGUGUGAUUCUACGCCGCCACUCUGACAAUGCCAUCCUUCUCUUCACGAAGGGAGCAGACAGCGUUAUAUUUGAGCGCGCGCGAGAGGGCCAGGAAGCCAUCAAGGCCAACACCGACACUUCGCUGGAAGAGUUUGCAAAUAAUGGCCUGCGCACGCUUUGCCUUGGGUAUAAACAAAUCAGUCAGCACGACUAUGAAGAGUGGGCACAUCUCUAUCAUGACGCGUCCGUCGCUCUCGAGCGGCGAGAAGAGCGAAUGGAAGAGUUGGCCUCGGAAUUUGAGCGCGAUCUGGAGCUCCUAGGAGCCACAGCUAUCGAGGACAAGCUGCAAGACGGGGUACCCCAGACAAUCGCUGACUUGAAGCGAGCAGGAAUCAACGUCUGGGUAGCUACUGGAGACAAGCUGGAGACCGCCAUCGCGAUUGGCUACUCCACUAUGCUCUUGUCAAAAGACAUGAAUCUCAUCGUCGUGCGAGGUGGAGAAUAUGGGCAGCCGAACUCUGCUUACGAUCAAAUGAGGCGGGCAAUCGAGCGCUUCUUUGGUGGCAAGGAAGCUUUGCAGUCAAUGACGACUCGGCCGCCUGGCGAGGAGGAGGAGGGUGCUAGCCACCACAGCAGGCGCUCCUCUCGAAUCAGUAAUGCUCGGCCGUCCUUCCAGAGCCGACGCAGCCAAGUCUCCCUCGUUGGCGAGGACAAUGGUCAACGUCAAGGCGGCUUCGCCCUCGUCAUUGAUGGCGCUGCGCUGGGCCACGCGCUCUCCGAAGAAUUCAGCAAGGAGCUGCUUCUGAAGCUGUCCACGCAGUGCAAGGCCGUUAUUUGCUGUCGUGUGUCGCCUUUGCAGAAGGCACUGAUCGUCAGACUGGUCAAGGACGGUCUGAAAGUGAUGACUCUUGCGAUUGGCGAUGGCGCAAACGACGUGUCCAUGAUUCAGGUGAGUUGAUUCGUUGCCCAGAGCGUUUCGGAAUGUCUCACUGACAACAGACUUGACAUGCACUCGGCCCUGCAGGCCGCCCACGUUGGCGUGGGCAUUGCAGGAGAAGAGGGACUGCAAGCUGUGAACAGCUCGGAUUACGCCAUUGCACAGUUCAGGUUCUUAAAACGCUUGUUGCUUGUGCAUGGGCAUCAGUCGUACUACCGCAAUGGUACUCUGAUCUGCAACUUUUUCUAUAAAAACAUUGUCAACAUUGGUUACUUGUUCUGGUUCCAGAUCUACUGUGCUUGGUCAACAACUCAAGCCGUCGACUAUGUGUACCUGCUAUUCUGGAACGCGGUCUGGACAGUGGCUCUGGUCAUCGCUAUGGGUGUCUUCGACCGACCGAUAUCUGACCGCGUCCUGAUGGAGGUGCCAGAACUGUACAAGCGCAGUCGUGUAGGAGGCUACUUCGGAUUCAAGCGUUUUGCGCUCUUCCUGCUGGACGCCACCUACCAAUCUGUUGUUCUGUUCUUCUUCGUCACCUACACCUACGAUACGACCACUGCGCGCACAGACGGCUACGACAUUCAGCUGUACGAAUUCACAACGACGAUGGCGCAAGCCUCAGUCCUUGCGGCGAACUUCUACACCCUACUUUGGUCCAAUGCCUGGACUUGGUGGCUUGUAGGUGCUGCGUGGUUUGGGCCGGUCAUCUUCUUCAUCUUCGCACCCAUCUACGCCGCACUGCCUCCCACGCUCAACUGGUCAUACUCUUACGGCAACAACCAUUAUCUGUACUACUCCGCCUACUACUGGUUUGCUGGCUUCCUCACCGUCUUCCUCUGCAUUAUCCCUCGAAUUAUCUUGCGGCAUGUUCGCGAGGUCUAUUACCCUCAUGACAUGCAAGUCUUGCGAGCGAUCGACAAGUACGAUCCGAAGCACGACUACAUUCACGAUCCAGGAAUGCCCGCCAGGCGUGCUGCAGAGGAGUACGGCGUCGCAUUGCCCGAAGCUGCUCCUCAUUCGGCCGCGUACGGCGGCCACGGCGAUGUGGAAGCAGCUUAUCCCAUGCACGCCCUUCAGCCUACUCAGAGCCGCGCCUCGAGCACGCAUUACGAUAUGCUGACCGGCGAGCAGAGACCAGGACGCGGCUACGGCUUCUCAGCUUCAGAUCCGGAACCGCGGAGCAAGUCCAAACGCAAGCUUACGCUCAAGGAGCGUCUGAUUCCCGGUUCCGUCAGGAGACGGAAAGAACGAAGGGCACUGGGAACCAUUCAGGCCGAGCGCGAGGAUGAUCUGGAGGAGGAGGAAAGACAAGAUGUAGAUGAGUUGGGUGUACCUGCCGACAGGAGGGCGCAGGGUCCUGGACCCGAAGACGACGACGAAGCGCACUUGGACCCGCAAGACGACACGCAGACGACUCCUGCGACACAACCCGCCAGAUAA